UCUCUUCGACACAGGCAACGUCAACUAAUGUUUUGGAGUCCUCUGCUGGCUGCAACCUAUACUGUCUAUGGCUGCAACCCAGCACAAAGUGUUUACCGGUAAAACAUGGACGUGACGGCCGCCCGCCGUUCGUUUCUGUGCGAUAUCGGUUUCUGGGCAGACCGGACUGCCCUGCAUGAAGCUGCGUCCCACGGCAGGGCCCUGCAGCUCAAACAGCUGAUAGAAAGUGGAGCAUCGGUCAACGUGGUGACGGUGGACAACAUCACUCCGCUCCAUGAAGCCUGCAUACAGGCUCAUCCAAACUGUGCCCGGCUGCUGCUGGAGGCUGGAGCCCAGGUGGAUGUACGGACCAUCCAUGGGAGCACUCCUCUGUGUAACGCCUGUGCUUCUAGCAGCCUGGAGUGUGUCAAGCUGCUUCUGGAUUACGGAGCCAAAGUUAACCCUUCCCUCACAGCGCUCACCGCCUCACCGCUCCACGAGGCCUGCAUACAAGGUAAUGUUGAAAUAGUGAAGCUGAUGAUAGCCAGCGGUGCCCAGCUGGAGGCGUAUGAUGUCCACUUUGGUCCCCCGCUCCACAUCGCAUGUGCUAAAGGACACGUGGACUGUGUCAAGGAGCUGCUUCAUGCAGGUGCCAAUGUGAACUCGGUGAAGUUCCACGAGAUAGCUCUGCACCAUGCAGCACGAGUGGAAAUGGUGGACAUGAUCGAGCUGUUGAUGGAGUUCGGAGCCAACGUCUACGCCAGCGACAACCUGGACAGAAAGCCUGUAGACUACACAACACCUGCGUCUCCCGCUCACACCUGCCUCAGGUUUUAUGAAAGAAAUCCUCUGAGCCUGCAGCAGCUUUGUCGAAUCACUGUGAGGCUGAGGCUUGGUACCAAAGCGUCGGAGGCCAUAGGCCAGCUGGACGUAUCCCAUCGAAUCCACAGCUACCUCCAGCACUGUUAUCAUCCUGCAUCACUACAGAGGGACACAUGAACAGAUUCAUAAGCCUCAAUGAGAGACUGGUGUUUGAUUUCAGGUAUAAUAAAAAAGAAGCACUGUGGACAACAUCUGCUAAUUGCAAAUAUAUCAGGUCAUCCACCAUAUUUCUUUAAUGCAGGAUUGGAUAGGAUGUCAUCAUUGCUGCUUAAAUUAGGUUGUUGAAUAGUAAUAUUGUUAAUCUUUGAUGUAAGAAGUCUUACAAAAUAAACUCCUUUAGCCUUAGGUGGAAUUGGAAAAAGCAGUAACUUAACUACAACGUUACUUGUGUAUUUUUCCAACAUAAGUUUUAUCUUUAAGGGUGAUGGGAAACAAACUGAAGUGAGAAUAAUGUAUUAUUGCUUUGUUUUAGUGUAAAAACUACAAGUCCCGACUUGCGCUUUAAGUUCCAGUAAUGUCACGUGACUCCCGCCGCAUGUAAACAUUAAACGACGCAGCUGGUUACAAACGAA